AUGUACAAUUCUUUUUCCUCGCAAACGGUUCGUCCGUCCGACGCUAGCCCAUCGUACGAGGCGACUCAGUCUGCUCAGCAGCAAGAUCGUGACGCUGCCCCUCGCACACCACCCUCCUCCGGACAGAACUUCCAAGCCUUCAAUGGCCGUCAAGUAGCUCCCUCGUCCAACACAACCGUCAACCCGGCCUCAUCUCGCAGCUUCCAGCCAAGUCAUGGCCACAGUCAAUCCACCAGCGUUCUGCUCAACUCGUCCUCCUCAUCGCGUCCAAUGUUCAGGCCUCAGCCACAGCAGAACCCUUCCGUUUCCAACCGAAGCGGCAGCAUGCGUCCCAUGUCAGCCUUUCAGCCGCUAGACAAUCCCGAAUACUAUGCUUCCGGCGGUGGCUCGAGUCCAACCGCAACCGCAACCGCAACUGCGACCCACCGUCCGCCUUCCCCUGCCGGUUCCACCGCCAGAUCCAUCCGUUCCACUCCGCAAACGCCUCUCACUUUCAAAAGUCAGGAUCUGCGUAGCGCUCUCAGCCUUCAGGAAUCGCAGCAAAAAAAGCUUUACAUGGAAGGCUACCUCCUCAAGCGCGACGACCUUGGUACGGAUGGAAAGCCUCUUCAUGUCGCCGACGAAAAGCGUCGCUGGUCCGAAUGCUUUGUUCAGCUCUCGGGAACCGUUCUCAGCCUCUGGAAUGUCGACCAGAUGCAAGAAGCUGCAAAGCGAGGUUCCGAGGUUCCACCCACUUACAUCAACAUCACCGACUCUUUCGUCGAUUUUAUCGGCCUUCUCAUCGAAGAUCCCAAGCUUAUUCCCGCCAGUCGCGGACGCUACCAUCACGCUUUUGCCAUCAACUCGGCAGGCAACAACCGCACCAUCUUUUGCUUCCGCGAUCCUCCUCCGUUCCCUCCUGAAUCGCUCGAGCAAUGGCUCGCUCCAGAGCAUCGUCACAAGCCAGAGCAUCGCACCGUCAUUGGCUGGCUCAACCUCGGUCACCGUCACCUUCAGGCCUGGAUCAACGCCAUCCGCCUCGCCUCGUGGGAAAAAGUCCGCCUCGAAGAGAUUUACACUGGCGCCCUCAUCCGUGCUCGACUUGGCGCAGUCGGCUCGCCCGGCUCCGCCAACCCGGACACCGUCAAGGACGCUUCGGCCGCCAGCGCCGCCGAGAUGUCGAUCAAGUCUCCUCUCGUCAAAGGCAAGAUGGAAGGUUGGGUCAAGGCCCGCUUCAUGGGUUCCACCGAAUGGAAAAAGGUAUGGAUGGUGCUCACCGAUCACAAACCCGACGAAUCCGAGUUUGGCGCCAAGAAAAAGUUUUGGAAGAUCGGCUCGUCGACAGGCGAUCGCUCCAGUAUCCUCAGCGUCAACAGCGUCUCCACUAGCGCUCCAGGCGCUCCUACUAACGACGGCAAGGAUUUGCCCCCUCCUCCUGGAAGCAACGGCGCCCCCGGUGUAGCCAGCUUUUUCGAGUCCAAGAAAGACAAGAAGCCCUUCGCUAGUCUCAUUUACGCUGCCCAUGCGUUUGCCGUCUACCCUUCCCGACCCGAGCUCGUAGAGGGCUCGAGUCUCUUCAAGGUCGAAGGUGUCUUUCCCUCGAGCUCAGUCCUUUCCGCCACUCACCGUGUUCGCAGCACUGGCUGGGUUAUGCUCAUGCCCGAGCUCGAGACCCCCAGCAGCAAAGGCGCCAACGCCGAGAUGAUGAAGUGGCUCAUCGCCUUCAUGGAUUCCUUCAAGCUCUACGGUCGUCCCGAAACUUUUGUCUGGGAGGCUCGCGAUCCUACUUCGCCCUUCUUUGCCUACCCCAUCGGCCCCUUCAAGGACCGCCUCUUCCUCGACAGAGAGCUCGCAGAAUUUCUCGAGAUUGCUCGCGAAGACCAUCUCACCACCCGAUCCUCCUUGCACGGUAUCAUGGCUGCUCGUAUGAGAGGUGAGCGCACCAAGAUUCUUCAGCCUCUUCCACCGCCUUCGCAGAAUGCCCUCGCUUCCACGCAAGACGCUCUCUCGCGCGACGCCGACGAACCUCGAACAUCUUCUCGCGCCAGUGCCGCCGAAUCUGCCUCUCAACUGCCGCCCCUCGACUUUGCUUCCAAUCAAGGCCAGCCUCCCGCCACCGGUGCUUCCAUGGCCCAGAGCGGCUCGGAUCAGAUCGACAGAGUCUCGCAAGCCUUCAGAGAUCCGGCCAGAGCCGAUGCUGCAGACGCAGAAUCUACAAAGGGUGCGUCACCAGAAUCUGAAUCGAUCCGCCCGUCCCGCGAUGCCGUUGCGGUUCCUUCAGGCUCGCUUCAGCCCACUAUGCAAGAUGCAGCCCCCACACAGACCGCGCAGGCUCCUGCGUCGACAAAGUCGGUCCCUGUUGUCACGGCCCCUGUUUCCAAUACAGUCACUGCCUCUAACCCAGCACCAGCACCAGCGAUUGUUGCGAAGCAGAGCAGCACAACCCCCUACUCAAGGGACCAGCAGGGCGAGUCCUCGAGCCUACAGGCUCUUGCCAGUCCUUCUACCUCCGCGCCUCCUCCAAUGCACGGUGUGCCACCUGUACAGCAAACCGUACCCGCCACGGAAUCUUCGCUCGCCUAUCUCGCUCCUUCUGACAAGUCGCAAGCCAUGUCUCCUUCCUCGGAGACGUCCGCUACUCGGCCACCAGCCGUCUUUGGCCCAUCCGGUCGUGGUGCAGAGCAAAACAUUGUCGACCAGCCCCGCUCAACAAAGCGUGACUCUGACCUGCCCACGAACUACGACGAGAGUGCUCUCUUCUACAUGGCCUCGAUUUCCGAUCAGCUCCCUGCCACCACCCCGCAGCCUGUCGUCAUGCCUGCACCCAGCCGUCAUGUGGUCACAAAGGAAAGUUCCCAGGCUUCUCGCCCUCAAAGUCUUGCGCCUGCUUCGGGAACAACUUCGACGGUCCAGUCGGAAAGUACUCACGCCACGCGCCUGUCCUCUGAUCAUCAAAAGUCAGCAUCAGCGGCUCCCGUCCAGGCUGAGCAGGUGAAGCCCGAAGUCUCGGCGGUACCGCGGGUCAACCCGACGCAAGACGACACGAUCAACGACGAUGCUCUUGCCGCCUAUUCAUUCUUGGAACAGCCUCCCUCGCCACUAGUCCGCACAAACGAGAUGUCAGCCAAGCCCGUCGCGGCUGACCGCAGCGCUGUUCCUUUGACUGCUUCGUCCGCUGUGCCAGUGCAGCCCGGGUCGGAUACAGUCCCUCAAACGUCCGUUGACAGCACCCAUAGUGCGCGACCUGCUGCCGUUCAGUAUCCUUCUACCUUUGGACAAAACAAGAGGGCUGCCGAACGCAAGUCUGCAGCUCAGCUCCAGGCGCAAGCGCACCAGGAAGCCCUUUCGCGACCUGGUCGUGCCGGUGUCACCAAGCCCAAGGGCAUUCGCCGUCCUGGUUGGGUAGACGAUAGCGAGGAAGAGGAAGACGACGAAGAGGAGGAGGACGAGGAGGAUGAGAGCCGUGAAGAUGCGCGCAGCAUUAGCCGACCUUUACCAAGCGCUGGCACAGUUCGCUCAGCUGCAAGCUCGAACCGUGGUGGAGCAGGCACAGAGUCUCCGGUUAACCUUGCUGAUUCUGUUGGCAGUCUUGGCCGCAACAACGAUGCAGCUUCGCAAGUCGCCGGUGCCAACUUCCCUCGCUCCAUCUCUGGUUAUGGUGCAAGCCUUCUUGAUGGCUCGCGUGCCACAUCGCCGGGCCGGUCACCAGGCCGAGGGGGUGCGCCCACGCAUCCUUCGAUUCAGGCGUACCAGCGCCAGUCGAUGUUCAACAAUCACCUCAGUGCUGCUCACGGCGACGACUCUCGAUCCAACACACCUCCUCAGGGACCUAUUGUGCGCGAUCGACAGACCUUCCUGCAGCUCAAGCCUGAAGAGCAGCCGGGCGCUAUGACGACUGUGUUCACCCCGCACGGUCUGGUACAAGCCGGAGCGCAGGACAAAGCAGAGCGAUCGGCCAAAGCGCAGGAGGCCGAGGCGAGGGCGAUGGGUAGCCACAUGGUCAAUGUGCCCAACAAGCCUCCGCCUCCUCAAGCAGGUCUUCUUGGCGCCAUUACAGCUCACGAGCGCGAUCGCAAAGGUGCUGGAGGGUUUGGUGCGACGCUCACCGAGCGAGAGCGAGAGCGUGUCGCAGCCGAGCGACGCCAGCGUGAGGAAGAUGCGCUGCGACAGCAACAGCAGCAGCAACAGAUGCAGCAGAUGCAGCAGAUGGCCUACUUCAACCCGAUGCUGUACCAGCAGAUGAUGAUGUCCGGCAUGAUGGGUGGCAUGGGGGGAAUGGGAGGUAUGGGCAUGAUGGGUAUGGGUAUGCCGCAAAUGGGUGCUUUUGGCGCUUCGCAGGUGGGUGCUGGUAGUCAGAUUGGUGGUAUGGGCGGUGGCUUUGACCCUAUGAUGGCACAGCAGCAGGCGAUGCAGGCGGCUCAAAUGGCGUACAUGAGCGCACUUUCGCAAGCUCAUCAGGAAGGAUCUGCGCUCGGGCACGGAUCCAUGAUGGGACACGGCUCGCCCGGUGCAGCACCUGGGUCAACUAUGGGCAUGCCGAUGGGCAGUAUGCAGUUCAUGACAAGCCCACACAUGAGCAUGAUGGGUGCACCUUUUCCAGGAUUUAUGACGCAGUCUGCAGCCGGUGGAAUCCCGUCUGAAUUUGGCGGAGUUGGAGGGGCAAGCCCGUCGCCUCGACCUUCGUCUACCAAGCCCAACGGUCAAGGCAAUACCUAG